AUGUCUCUACGGAUUCGACUCCUUUUGAAUUGGUUUAAGGGACCGCCAGCCCUCACGCGGUUCCUUCGAGGGGAGACCAAGGUAGAAGCUGUUACAAAGGAACUUGUUGAUCGUGACGAGGCUUUGAGACAAUUGAAGUACCAUAUCGAUCGAGCUCGUGGACGCAUGAAGGACCAAGCUGACAGAAAAAGAAGAGAUGUGAGUUUUAAAAUUGGUGAAUGGGUUUUUCUCAAAUUAAGGCCACAUGUGCAGAAUUCUGUUGAAGCACGCAUCAAUCUGAAACUUGCUCCAAGAUACUAUGGGACUUUUGAAAUAACAGCACGGGUUGGUGCCAUUGUGUAUCGUCUCCAGUUACCUACUACAGCACACAUUCAUCCGGUGUUCCAUGUUUCAUUGCUUAAGAAGGCAAUUGGCAAUUACCGGGUUGAGAACGAGUUACCCCUGGGCCUCGACGGUGAUCGUGCUGCACCAUGGGAACCAGCAGCAGUACUUGCCACUCGCACUAUCACUAAGGAGGAGUCCGACGUCAAACAAUUUCUCGUUCAUUGGAACGACAAACCUGUUGAAGAAGCCACUUGGAGAAGGAAUUGA